AUGCUGACACUGCCACUGCUGCCCUGCCCAGGGGACCCCACACUCCCCCCUCUGCCACCAGCACCCAGACAGCCCUGGCAGCCUCCCGGCUGUCCCGGUAGGGAGUUGGCAGCCGGGGCAGUGCCGCUCUCCCCGCCCCAGUGCAAAGGCCGCUGGGGCUGGAAGGAGAAGCAGUGCUGCCCACCCCACAACCCUGCCGGGAGCCAGGGGGAUCCCCUGCACCCCAUAGCACCUGGCCAACCCGCUGCCAGCUGGGGCACCCCGGGGAGCAGUCGCCGUGCUUCUGGUAACCUGAUGCUCAGCCGCGUCAGCACAGCCGGUGUGGGGCAGUGCCAGACAAUUCACCGGGGUGCCCCGACCACCCCGCUGCCCCUCCAGGACGGAACUCUAGCAUUAGAAGGUGCUACCUCUUCUCAGGGGUCCCCUAAACCACAACCCCGCUGGAAAUGGGUUCUGCCAGGGUUCUGGGAGGUGACAGGAGCUGGCUGCAUCCCCCAGCCCCCCACUCACCAAGGAACCAAGGGUCCGCCCCUAGGACAUGGUGGCCCAGGCCAUCUUAGCUGGGCCUUAGCACCCAUCACCACAAAAAGAGGGGAAUGGGGAGUGUCACACAAGGGACGGGGACAGCCGGGGACAUCCCCGGUCCCCCACCGCCGGCACAACCAGGAGCGAGCGGGAUACUCACCCCCCCGCGGGAAAAACCUGGGCCGGCUGAGCGGGCCUGCAGAGACCGUUCAUCCGACUGACUUGAAGAGAGGAAGGGAGAAAUACGUCAGCCGGGGGGGAGCCCACCCGGACUCGCCACCCCCACCCCACCGGCCAGGUCACCUCCCGGGGGUGGGGGAAGGCGAACCCCUGCCUCCCCCGCAGCGGGACAGGCCGGGCCUGCGGCCUGCACUGGGCCCAAAGCCGGGGACCGAGAGCCCGGGACAACCAGGCCCCGUCCGAGCUGGAGCCGAGGAGUGA